AUGGUUACUCGUACCUCGACGCGCCAGGCCGCCCAAAAGGCGAAGGAGGCUAUCGCCUCUUCGAGUGAACCUUCUGACAAGGCAUCUGCCGGAUCAAAACGCAAAGCCUCCAGCGAAAAGAGGGAAAAAGUUUCCCAGCCCAAAAAAGAAAAAAUUGAUGAACCCAAACAGGAAGCAAAGCCUCCCAAUGUGGAACCCAGUAGAGAUGACGAUGUUUCUGAGACAAAGCCUACAAGUGUCCCAGGGACUCAGAUAGAGGUUGACAAGCAGCCUGAACCGCAGCAUGCAGUCGUUGAAGGAACGGCGAUACACAGUGCUGCGGAACCAAAGCCAAAGGAGGAGACUAAGCCGGAGACUGUGCCCGGAACUCAUAUCCAAAUCGACCAACCUACAAAGCCCGAAGCAAACACUGAACUGGGGGUCCAUACAUCUGGAGAGAGAGAAAGUACCGUGCCAUCCAAUAUUUUGGAAAAGGGGAUCAUCUACUUCUUCUUCCGCCCGCGCGUCAACGUCGACGACCCCCAUGGCGUUGGUGAUGUCGCCCGAAGUUUCUUCGUUCUUCGACCCACUCCGCUGGGUGCUGAACUGGAUCAGAAUCAGGGACCUAUCGACAAAGGCGCUCGGUGCCGUCUCUUAAUGCUGCCGAAGAAGAAAUUCCCUACCACGCCGCAGGAAAGAGACAUGGGAUUCGUGGAGAAGGCUGGCCAGACGAUGAAGGACCUGCAGGAGAAUUUCGUUGCGGCUAGAACAUAUGAGACAGCUACCCGAGGCGAACGUACCAUAGAAGAGGCUAGACCCUACGCAGAGGGUGUCUAUGCGAUCACGUCCACGAAGCGAACAUCCCACCUCGCCUACGUUCUGACCAUCCCUGCACAGCUGGGUGAAAUCCAGGAGAAUUUCGGCCUUCGUCACCGAGGCAGCUGGAUUGUCUCUGCGAAGAAUCCAAAGUUCCCCGGUCCAACCUCUGCACAGCUACCCAAAGACCCCGAAUAUCCUGAAUCAGUGCGAGAGAAAUUUGGAGACCUUCGAUGGGUUCCCCUGGAGCCCGAGUUCAUCGAAUAUCCCAAUGCCCAGUUUCUGAUGAUCGGCGAAGCGCAGAAUUCCCUGGGAAAGGCCGCGACUGCCGAAGGGAACAAGGAGCCCCACGAGCAGGAACCGGGUCAGGAAUUGGAGACCCUGGAAAAGGAAAAUGAACAGCGCGUCGAGGCGCUGCAGGGCGAUCAGACUAUCUUCCAGGAUUUGGGCCUGGACGCGAAAAAGCAUGCCGCACUGGAGACAACCUGGACCACCUAA